CGGGACGCCGAAGACAUGUUUUCGACAUUCGAAUUUCGUAUUCGGGUGAGCAGUGGAGCGUGGGGAGCGGCUAGCUGAACGACUCGACGCGGUGUCGAGUUCGAAUUUUCGGUGGAGGAGCCCUUCGGGAGAUGAAGAAGCCGAGGCCGCGGGCGUGGAAGCAGACGCCUGCUCUGCGUGUACUCGUUCGAAAGCUCUGAUCGGGCGUCUCCUUGUGGGUUGUGUCGUAAGGCUCGACUGCCAGCUUCAUUCUUGUGCCGAUCCCGUGCCAUAGCCUGUCCAUUUGGAUGUGAGUCCCUCGGUAAUCUUGUCCUCUCCUUUGAUUUUUCUUCGUGCUGAAUUCGUAAGGUUUUCGAUCAUUUUGCUUCGGGAGUCUCUUCAUCAAGCGGUUGAGAAGAUCCCGGCCAUCGCCGACAGUGGGACGUAUCUUCUCCAUCAUGGCAGAAUGCGGGAGAUUCGAGCGCCGGGAGAAUAUUUGCAUCUGCGAGACGAGACGAUACUUCCUGCUUUUCUGCAUCUUACUUCUCAGUUUUAAGUCAGGGUCUGCAUGUCCGUCUCAGAAGGACGACGAUCCAAGAACGUUUUUCGUUUUUGGAGACUCGUAUGCUGAUACCGGAAACGCUCCUUUUAUAGCGUCAAGCUGGCGUUCUCCUUACGGUCUGUCUUGGCCAGGCCGACCAACGGGACGCUUUUCAGAUGGGAUCGUCAAGACAGACGUGCUGGCGUCGGAGGCAUUGUGCCUUCCUUCUCCACCACCUUACGCACAAAUUUUAAACGCAUCGCUCUCUGGCGGCAUCAACUUCGCUGUAGCAGGAAGUGGGACGAUGCAAGCCUUUGGUACACCACCUUUCGGCGAUCAGGUGGACUGGUUCUCGGGUUACGUAGAUUCAAAAUUAUUUUCUCCGUAUCUCCUAAAGAAUGCAGUUGUCUUUGUGUCUGUAUCCGGAAACGACUAUGCUGUUUAUAAUGGCACAACACUUCAGGGAUAUCUUCCUCUCGUCACUCAGGUGGUGGACUUGAUCGAAAGGAAUCUUCGACAACUUUACACACUGGGUGUCAGAAACUUCAUGGUGUCCACUCUUGCUCCUCUCCGUUGUUUGCCAGCCAGGACAGCUUCGACAGGUUACACUGAAUGCCCAAAAAAUAACACUGUGGAUCGAGUGAUUUCAGCUCAUAAUUUUUUACUACAGAGGACAAUUAGCUCAAUCAUUAAAACCUCGAAGGAUUCAAAUUUCAUUCUCUUGGACCAGACCAAAGCGUUAUCCUACAUUCUGAAACAUCUUUCAGACUUCGGUUUGACAGAGGGACUGAGACCAUGCUGCACAGGCGCUUGUGGGGAAACGGACGAGACAGGAAAACACCUCUACGAAGUCUGCGAUGACCCAAACAAGUAUCUGUUUUGGGACUACUUUCAUCCGACACAAGCAGGAUGGAAAGCUGUUGUGAAUCUCUACUCCCGCAAAACUAGACCUGGCUUUACUCGAAUCUCGCCCUCUCUUGCAGCGUGGGCCGACAACCUAUGAUCCACUGUUACACACGGAUCGUAGAAAGUACUCAGAAGCUCGAAACAAUAGAUUGACUUGAUUUCCUCUAAAUCAGUAGUAAAGAUUAUUGACUACGCUCGUCUUUUCUUGCCCCCUGUUAGCUGUAGUAGACCCUUAAAGUGUCAUUCUCUUCCGCCAGAAAAGAAAGCGGGACUCAUUGGGAAAGUGGCCAUGAUCAUUGGUGAGGAGUAGAAUUUAGAAUAAAACCUGACGGGAAACACCCCGGUCAUCUAUCACUCUCUAAGCAGAUGGUAAACAUGUCCUGCAUAAGCUUAAAAAGCUGCCGUAAGUGAACUUGCUUUCACCGAACUCUGUCCUGCAAGAAUCAAUUGUUGUCGAAGGAAACGAGUAAGAAACUCACAUCCUCGAGGGCACUGUAUAAUAAGCUUCUCAACAAGUUUUUUUUGGUGAGAAGUGCUAUUAUGUGU